UAACAUCUGUUUUAACUUAACUAACAGAUAGAAACUUAACUGUGGGGUGUAAUACAAAGUCAAGACGAAAUUUUGUUAGUUUACCGAAAAUCUAGACAACAUAGAGCAAAUAACUAUUACUUAAUGUACAUCUACCACAUAAGUUAGCCGGCAGUUAAAGUAUACGACAGCCGUUUUCUGUUUUCCAACAUAAACACAUAUGUACAUACAUAUGUAGUUGGAUCUUGUCAAGUGAAUUAUUUAUGUAGUUUGAUCAGCAACAGUGAAAAUGAAAAGCCAGAGAAACAAAUUUAAGCGGGGUCAAAAUUUUAGCACGGACGAAGAGUUUUUGCUCAUCACUUUAGCGGCCGAGCAGAGAAAGAUCUUCGAAAACAAAAGAUGUGAUUCUGUGACCUGGAAAGAAAAGGAGUUAGCGUGGGAAAAUUUGGCAGCAACCUAUUCGAUGAAGUCUGGGAUACAGCGCUCCGGUCACAGCUUAAGAGCCAAGUACGAAAGUUUAAAAAAAAAACUUAGUGCUGGGCUUCCGCAAUGGCAGCCCCCCACAACAUCCGUUUCCGAAAAACUAAAAGCCAUACUUGGAGAUGAUGAUACGGGUGGCGAAAACUCCGACAGUGAUUAUGUUAAGACUGAUCCGCAGUCAGAGGGUCCUUCAGGAUCGUUUGUGGAUAUAAUCGAUUUCAUUGAGGAAAACUCAAGUGAAAAUGUUGCUUCCAAAUCUAGUAUUCCGACACCCUUUGAGGCGACAUUGGUUGCACCACCUAGAAGUCCGUCUGGAAGGAGUGUACCCAAAAAAAAUGACAUUGGCUAUCUAAUUCUAGAGGAAAAGUUACGUUUGAUCAGGACUCAGCGUGCUUUCUACGAACAGGAAAACAAUCGAGCACAGGAAAAGCACCUGGAAGAAAUGCAAACUUUAAGUGCGAAACGCGAGCUCCUUUGUUUAGAAAUAGCUGAAAAAAAACGAAAUCUUAAUGACUCUCCAAAGGAUUGAUGCCCUGUAAUUUUUACUUACAUUAAGGUUACAUAUUACAGUUAAUAAGUUAUUAUAAAAGUUGUGUCAGAAUAUUUUGUAUUAUCUUUCGAAAUACUUAUUAAUUAAAUCGUUUCUGUGAAACCCAUCGGAGACAUCCACUAUUG